CGUUCACCCACCAACCAACAACUCCCACUCACAACCCUCUGAGCCCCUCUCCCAGCCUCGCUCACAGCCUCAGUCACCCCUUAGUCCUUGUGGUGGGAGGCUGCACACCGCUGUUCUCGUGUCACUCCCAACCUCGUUAGCUGCGCCUCGACCUAGUUAGCCCCGCGGCGUUGAGUGCGUCCAGUGUGCGAGUGAAGUGCGUGGAACAGUCGGUACAGAGGUUUGCAGAGGUAAGCUGGCGCCCGACCCCAUUCAAGGAAGGGCGCGGCGGCUGGACUGGAUGGCGCGGGUGUGGUGGCGCGUGGCGGCGGCGGUGGUGGUGGCGGUGGUGGUGGCGCCGCCCCCCGCGGCGCCCUGCACCUGUCAGCUGCGUCACCCCCAGCAGCACGUGUGCGACGCGCACUACGUUGUGUUCGCGCGGGUCCGACGCCUCACCAAGACGCCGGAAGGACACGAGGCCUACAAGGUGCGGGUGAAGCGACUACUGAAGGGGUCGGAGAAGGUGGAGGCGGUUCUUCAGAAGGGUCUGCUGUACAACAUCGACGGGACAUGCAGCGCCGGCCUCCUUAAUCGGACCUCUUACGUCAUCAGCGGCUUUGUGGCGUCGGGAAAGCCUAUGGUGUCGCUGUGUAACUUCGCCUCGCCCGUCCGAAACCUGACGCCCAAGAUGAAAAAGGGUUUGAAACUCCUCUACCAAAGCGGCUGUGACUGUCCGAUCAUGUCCUGUCACCACUACUCUGAGAGGUGUCCGAGGGCCGCUUUCUUCUGCAGCUGGACCACCUCGCGCCACCCUGAGGACUGCCAAGGCCGCCAGUCGGUGUGUCUGCGCGGGCCGUCGGGGCGGUGCGAGUGGCUACAGGGUCGUGUCUACCGCCGCUGCAUGAAGACAUUCCGCCACAACAGCACCGCCCCAGCGCGGCCGCACCACAACAGCAUCCGUCUGGGGGCCAUCGGCAUCCAUCGCAGAAAACAUCCAAAGUUCCCGUACAAGCGGCGGCCGGGGCUUCGGCGGCGGUUCCGACGACCUCGCCCGACCAUCGGCUACCUCCCCAAGAAAGGGUAACGGUCGUCCCAGGCAGCCGCUCCCUCCACUACUCCUGGCCGUGCCGAUCAGUGCAGGGCUGCAAUCUACAGGACACUCUCGUAGCCUCGCCCGGCACUCGCACAAAUAACCAAAUAUUUUUCCACUAGUCUGCUGUCCCAUAGAUUAUAUUAUUACCUAGUCUGGGGAGCUUCUUGUUCCGUACCGAGGUGUGCCCUGUCUCAGAUGGGAUGCGGUCCCCCCACACUGAUGCGCACCCAGCCUUGGCAGGGAUAUAAGGCUCAUCACACAGUGUCUCAUCAUGGACUGCAGUGUGCCAUGGUAUAAGGUUGGUUUGCCCGCUCCGCCUUCAAAUAUUUUCGCUGUGGCAAUGGGUAUGCUCCAUCAAUGCCCGGGCGUCUGUGGUGUGUGCUGCCCAGGUGUGUGUGUGUGUGUGUGUGUGAUGUGCCCCCUCCCAAGGCACAUAACACCCUGGCUCUUGGACUGAAGUGAAAGGAGCUCUGAUUAAAAGCGUUCGGAACCCAAAUUUUCCAGUGACAAAAUAAAGUACACAGUUGCUUUAUAUGUAUACAAUAGAUUAAAGGUGGUUAGUGAAAUACGGUAGACGGAAGUGAAUCAUAUUUUUGUACAGUCCACUGCGUCAGGGCUAUAGAUGUAAACCCCUAUGUAAACACUGAAGGGCGUGCACAAAGCCGUCCUUUGAAAUCAGAUAGCAGAACACAUGAUAAGGGAAUGAGGGAGAUAACUGAUGAAGGAAUUGGUUACUGGAAAAUGCAGCUCUGCACUCUAAAUGUGGACAUGUUUGAAUUUUUGUAUGUAGCUCCCACUCCUCUGAUGUGCCCAUAUACACCGGGUAUUCGUUAUAAUUAUGCGAGGGUUACGUUCUACAAAAAGCUCGCAUAUUGUGAAUUCGUAUAUAUGGAACCUAUCAUCCCAUUAAGGGGCUAUGUUCCACGACCCGUUUUCGAACCAGCGUUACCAAUUAUCGUACACACCGUAUUGCAUUUUCGUAGUUUCUGACUGAUAUCUAUAGCAAAAACAAACAAACAAACAUCAAUAUAUAACAGUUUUAACGCCAACUUUAAUAUUCUUUCGUUAUUUGUGUUGGUACGAGAUUUUUGAGGAUUAAAAAUAAUAAAUACAAUGUGGUGAAUACGAUAAUAUGGCAACGCUGUUUCGAACCCUCAAACUAUUUAUUCCGGCACCGUUUCACAAUAAUAGACCACAUUGAUUGCUUCCGGGGAGACACACCAAAAAGUCUACGAUUUAAGCUGAUGAUUAGCUACCUGAGGAUUAACUUUAGGAUCAGAGGGGGGAAAAGGCUAAUUAUAGGCGAGGAAAGUGAGGGAAAACAUUUGCACUCACCACCCUCUAGUGCGUCACCAUACCUCACCAGCACCAGCGCCGAUACUCGCGUAAUACCGAAUUUUCUCGCGUAAAACGAAUACUUGGCACAUUUAAGUUAGUCACAUAUGAGCGAAUUUGCAUAUUUCAAACUCGUACAUAUCGAAUACCCGCUGUACCCUGAAAUAUACUGUGUGGCAAACUGAGGUAAUGCUUUAGGGGUUGUGGGGCCAUCCUUGUCCUGAGAUAUACUCCGCCUGAGGAAGCAACUGCGCUGUCCUUGUUUCUGGAGUGCCGCCCUUGGCUCGGGUUUUCCUUUUCCGUGUUUUAACCCGGUAGCUGCGGGGAUCCUAAUUCUUAAAGGCUCGUCCGUCUAAGCGAGAAAAAUGAGAAAAAAUCACCCCUCACGCAAACCAUUUCAUAAUAUAUAUCAAAGCAUUUGUGAUCAGUUUAUGUAUCAUCUAUUUUUGGGGGUUUAUAUCAUGGCACAAAUUUGGCCCGUCGCUGCUACACGGUAAAGCCACAAAUUUGGCCCGUCGCUGCUACCGGGUUAAGUUAUGUGUGUCCGUCCUGGGGGUAAGGUUGGUAUUGUGAGCUGCUCCCGCCCUCACUCACACUCUUUCCAAAGGUCAAAAAGUAGGUCAAUCGAGUUCUAAUGAGUGUUCUUUUAGGUUCACGGUACAGAAUGCGGCUCAGACUACCACCAGGGUCAUAAAAGUACCCUUGGAAAUGCCCUAAACUCCCACGAAAGACUAGUAAAUUACGUGUUCUUGGGCGCAGAAAUGUUUCAAAAUAUGGCCCGAAGCUCCGUCCUGUUCCUUGGGUGUGCCCUGGCGCGCGCUGAGAUAUGUGUGUCUCCACCCCACUAUUAACAAGCGCCCAAUGUUUAGAAGGAUAGAGGGUCUUGCCUCUUCCACGUGUGUGCCCAACCCAGGCCAAGGUGUGUUGUAGCCUGGUUCUCUGUAGGCAGUAAAUUUCCGGGUCAAAGAUUAUAGACUAUACUUUUCAGACUCCAUCGAGAUUAAAUAAACAACUUUUCUUCAAUUAAACGAACCCUUUUAGGAUCAUAAGACUAUAUAAUGUUGCAAGUGCCAUUUUUUAAAUAUUUUGUGAGGAAACUUUUGUAAACGUUGUUAAUCCAUACAUAAUGAGAGAUAUAGCCAUGUAAUGUAUUUUUGUAUCUGGUCAGAUAAUCCAGAAUACUUAACUUAUGACCACAAUGUGAUGGCCCAAGAUCACUGAAUACGACAAUUUUCUUUAUUUGUGAGGAAACUUUAAUUAACGUUCUGUUGAGCUAUACAUAUUGAGAUAUAUCGCCAUGUAAUGUAUUUUUGUAUCUGGUCAGAUAAUCCGUAAUACUUAACUUAUGACCACAAUGUGAUGGCCCAAGAUCACUGAAUACGACAGUUUUAUUUAUUUGUGAGGAAACUUUAAUUAACGUUCUGUUGAGCUAUACAUCUUGAGAUAUAUCGCCAUGUAAUGCAUUUUUAUAUCUGGUCAGAUAAUCCAUGAUAACUUAUGACCACAAUGUGAUGGCCCAAGAUAACUGAAUACAAUUUAUUUAUUUAUUUGUGGGGAAACUUUUAUUAACGUUCUGUUGGUCCCUACAUCUUGAGAUAUAUCGCCAUGUAAUGCAUUUUCGUAUCUGGCUUAACUUAUGACCACAAUGUGAUGGCCCAAGAUCACUGAAUACGACAAUUUUCUUUAUUUGUGAGGAAACUUUAAUUAACGUUCUGUUGAUCUAUACAUCUUGAGAUAUAUCGCCAUGUAAUGCAUUUUUGUAUCUGGCUUAACUUAUGACCACAAUGUGAUGGCCCAAGAGUCUUCAAUCAAUCUAUGUUUACCAAAUUGUCGAGGCCGGUCUGACGUAGGCUUCCACGGGUCCUUUCCUCCCCUCUGCUCUGCCACACCCCAACAGCUAUCCCUGCCUCUCACAUGUAAGGUACAGGUAACAUAUGAGAGGAAGGGAUAGAUGUUGGGACUGUAGGGCAAAGCAGAGGGGAGGAAUGGACCCGAGGGAGGCGCUAUCCAUCACUGAAUACGACAUCUUGAGUGUUAUGAAACGCAGGAGAAAUAUAUCUGUUCAGGAGAUUGUUUUCCAUUCAUUCCGCCUAGGAUUCGAACCCGAGAUCCUGUAACGGGAAGGUGGACUCUAGCGUUGAGCCAUCCCCGUGGUGGAGGGCGUUUUGGGUCGGUAUCAUAAGACAAUUUCGCUUCUCAUGUCAGCUAUUUCUAAAGGUCAAAGAGGGGGUCAAUCGGGUUCUAAUGAGUGUUUCUUUAGGUUCACGGUACAGGAGAAGGGUCAAACUACCACCAGGGUCAUAAAACUACUACUGGAGAUGCCCACAACUUCUACGAAAGCCUUGUCAAAUAGGUGUUUCUUAGGUUCGUGGUACAGAAGAAGGGUCACACUACCACCAGGGUCAUAAAACUACCCCUGGAAAUGCCCAUAACUCCUUCGAAAGCCUUGUCAAAUAGGUGUUUCUUAGGUUGAUGGUACAGAAGAAGGGUCAAACUACCACCAGGGUCAUAAAACUACCCCUGAAAAUGCCCACAACUCCUACGAAAGCCUUGUCAAAUAGGUGUUUCUUAGGUUCAUGGUACAGAAGAAGGGUCAAACUACCACCAGGGUCAUAAAACUACCCCUGGAAAUGCCCAUAACUCCUACGAAAGCCUUGUCAAAUAGGUGUUUCUUAGGUUCAUGGUACAGAAGAAGGGUCAAACUACCACCAGGGUCAUAAAACUACCCCUGGAAAUGCCCACAACUCCUACGAAAGCCUUGUCUAGGAGUCUUCAUCAGCGUCUGGGGCAUCACAUCAAGGGUCAGUUUUACAGUCCAAUCCAACAAGUUUGUAAGCUCUCUAACGAUGAGAAGUCCUUGUAGCUCCAGUGUUUAGCUUUGAUAUAAAUAAAACGAGGGAAUAUUCGGAAACUACACAGGAAAUCUCUUUAUCAGUGUGUGGUAUUAAGUAGAAAUAACUCAUCUUUGUCGUGAAUGCUUCGUUCGGACCCUCACGAUGACUAAUGGGCGCUUACACAGUCGUUUUGUCUGUUUCGAUAAUUACCAAUGGCUGUUAUCGCUGCUGUAGUAUUCCCACGUCAAACUGUCCGAUGGGGUAGUGGCGGCUGCGGGGUUAGCCAGGCCCCGCACCUUGCCACACACUCUCAACACCUCUCGCCCCCUCUGCAGCCGCCACUACCCCAUAGGCCAGCUUCACGUGGGAAACUAUAGCGUUGACCCCCGCUAUUGUUAACGAUCAAAACGGAUUGUGAAAGCGGGCCUAUGCAUUAGACUGUCCAAUUGGCCACAAGACAGACAGGCCGUGAUUGACCUUGUGGAAACUCUCUUCUUUGGCCUUCCAGCGUUGUGAUCUUCGUGGUCCCAACAAGGUUUUCAAAUCGUUUCAGCAUCUCGAGCUUGAGUGUGUCUGGGGCAUGCUCUCAUCUGCCGACUAAUAUAUAUAAGUAUAUCUAAGGAGCUAUACGUUCGAUUACAUGUUAUGAUCAAAUAAUGGUAAUGUUAUAUACAGCCAUCUCGCAUCCUUUCCCCCUGCCUCCAUUAUCAUCUCAGCCCAGCUUCCUUCUUCCCACGUGUGCUGCCCAUCUCCUAUCCCUCGCCAUCAUCUAGUUUGCACAUAUUCCUGUGAACGCAUGAAAAUAAAUGCAAUCUUCUA